CUCCGUGAACUUCAGAAUGCACAAACGAUGAUAUUUGCCAUUGAGCAAAUCAACAACAAAACUGAUAUUCUUCCUGGGGUCAAAUUAGGUUAUAAAAUCUAUAAUUCCUGUGCAUCAAUAGAAAUAACUACGAGAGCCUCCUUAUCUUUAGUUAAUGGCAAUAAACAAAAUACAUCUGCAAUGGCUUGCUCCAAACUUGAUACAGUUCAAGCAAUCAUAGGUGAAAUAUCCUCUAGCCCCUCUAUUGCUAUUUCUGCUACUGUGGGACCUUUGCAUAUACCUGUGAUCAGUCACUUUGCUACAUGUGCAUGUCUAAGUGACAAGAAGAAAUACCCAUCUUUCUUCAGAACAGUUCCCAGUGAUUAUUACCAGAGCAGAGCUUUGGCUAAGUUGGUCAAACAUUUUGGCUGGACAUGGGUAGGGACCCUAUGCAGUGAUAAUGACUAUGGGAACAAUGGCAUUAAUGAAUUUAUCAUUGCAGCCAAAGAAGAGGGAAUUUGUGUUGAAUAUUCCAAAGCAUUCUUAAGGACAGAUAGCAGAGAAAAAAUUUUAAAAGUUGUUGAGAUUAUCAAGGCUUCAACCUCAAAAGUUAUUGUAGCAUUUGUCUCAUAUUCUGACCUUGGUGUUCUUUUAAAGGAAAUGGCUUUACAGAACUUGACUGGAUUUCAGUGGAUAGGAAGUGAGUCCUGGAUCUCUGCUCCAAAUCCAGCCAUUGCAGAAUGGCAGCAUCUUCUGAUAGGAUCCAUGGGUUUUGCUAUGCCAAAAGUACAAAUCAAAGGGCUAGGUGAAUUUCUGACUAAAAUUAAUCCAACCUAUGCUGCAGCUAUUUACAAAGAAUUGUGGGAGACAAUAUUCGAAUGUAAGCUUCCCACACAAGAACAUUUUGGCAUGAAAGAAAUGUGUAUAGGGAAUGAAAGUCUCAGUCAAGUUCAAAACCUUUAUACAGAUGUUUCAGAAUUACGAGUCGCAAAUAACGUGUACAAGGCUGUGUAUGCUCUGGCUCAUGCUUUGCAUAACAGCUAUAAAUGUCCAAAGAGGGACAGUGGACAAGAUGGUUCUACUGGAUGUGCAAACAUAACAGUUAACAAACCAUGGCAGGUAAUCAGUGAGUUGAAGAAACUCAAUUUCACCUCUCCUACUGGAGAGGAUGUACAUUUUGAUGAAAAUGGAGACCCAGCAGCAAGGUAUGAACUGCUUAAUUGGCAACAAAGCAAGGAUGGUAAAACAGUAUUUGUUAAAGUAGGCUUCUAUGAUGGGUCUUUGCAGACACACCUUCAGCUGUCAUUGAACAACAUCAGUAUAGCCUGGGCCAACAACAAACCACAGGUGCCAGUCUCUAUAUGUAGUCCAAGUUGUCCCCCUGGCACCAGGAAGGCUGUUCAGAAAGGAAAACCAAUUUGCUGCUUUGACUGUAUACCAUGUGCAGUGGGAGAAAUCAGUAACAGAACAGAUUCCAUAACUUGCAUCAAGUGCUCACCUGAACUGUGGUCUAAUGACAAGAAAGAUGGAUGUGUCUUAAAGCUAGUGGAAUUCCUGUCAUUUGAGGAAAUAAUGGGGAUCAUUCUUGUAUCAUUUUCUUUGUUAGGAAUAUCUUUCACUGGCUGCAUUGCUGUAAUUUUCUUUAAACACAAAGACACACCAAUUGUUAGGGCCAACAAUUCUGAACUGAGCUUUUUGUUGCUCUUCUCACUCUUUCUUUGUUUCCUCUGUUCACUUACAUUUAUUGGUAAGCCCUCUGCAUGGUCAUGUAUGCUGCGACACACAGCAUUUGGCACCACAUUUGUCCUCUGCAUUUCCUGUGUUUUGGGAAAAACAGUAGUGGUGUUAAUGGCCUUCAGGGCUACACUUCCAGGUAAUAAUGUCAUGAAAUGGUUUGGUCCUCUACAGCAGAGACUCAGUGUACUUGCUUUCACUUUUGUACAGGUCAUUAUUUGUGUCCUGUGGUUAAUAAUAUCCCCUCCCUUCCCCUACAAAAAUAUGAAGUACUACAAAGAAAAGAUCAUAUUAGAAUGUAAUGUAGGCUCUGCUCUAGGUUUUUGGGCCGUUCUGGGUUAUAUAGGACUCCUGGCUCUUUUGUGUUUCAUUUUGGCUUUCCUGGCACGAAAGCUGCCUGAUAAUUUUAAUGAAGCCAAAUUCAUCACGUUUAGCAUACUCAUAUUCUGUACUGUUUGGAUCACCUUUAUUCCUGCUUAUGUCAGCUCUCCUGGAAAAUUCACUGUAGCUGUAGAGAUAUUUGCCAUCUUAACGUCAAGCUUUGGUUUAUUACUUUGCAUAUUUCUUCCAAAGUGUUAUAUAAUCAUACUACAGCCAGAAAGGAAUACUAAGAAGCAAAUGAUGGGUAAGGCACCUGCUAUAUGA